UCCCUGGAGAUACAUAGAAGACAAGUCUUUGCCAUGAAGCCACUCACAGAAGAAAUCAUAGAACGAUACAUUGAGAAUAAGGUCAACCAAAGGCACCAAGCGGUGUCCAAAAUUGUGGAUGAGGUGCAAGAGAUCAUUCAACAGCUAACCACAGAAAUUAGCACAAAGGACUCCCGUUUUCAAGCAAUCUCCAACUCUGGCAUUCAUAAUGAGAACAGGAAGGAUCAGCCAGCCUUGCUAGCCAAGUGGUCAGCUCUACUUCUGGGGAAUCCCCCCUUGCACCCAUCCAUCCAGGUAUUAGCGCCCAGCCACUUGCUCUUCACUGUGCCACUACUUGGCCUGUCUGGAUACAAAGAGGGCCAGAAACGACGCUGGCGUUACUACACGGUCCACGGAACAAAACUCCUGUCUCCUGUCAGAGACCCGGAAGAGAUGCAGCAGUGGCUGGAAGUGGAACAGUUCUCCAAGAGCCUCCAGCAGUGGCAUGAGGCAGAGGUGAACAUUGAGGGUGACCUUGUGCCUGCCAAAGUCCUUACUGUCUUCCGAGAACUUGUGGAGAAAUCGAUUGUGUCUUGCAAUCUCAUGGACAAAGUCAGCAUUGUAGAAGGCUUCAGCUCAGUGGUCCAUGUUGCUGUCGAGACACCCAGUUCCCAGGUGGAGGUUGAGCUGGUUCCAACGAUUGAGAUCCCAACAUGUUGGCCUCAGAAAAGCAAGUGGCCCCGAUGCUUCAAGCCCUGGCCUUGCCAGGAAAAAGUACAGUGUGUUAAGUCUUUUGGCUUUGAUCUCUUGGCCUCUUCCAAUUACCACUGGCACCUGAGCUUCUCACGAGCUGAGCGCAUAUUAAUGGCAGGACUUGAUGAGGAUGGUGGUUGUCGCAUGAUGUGCUUCCGGGUUUUGCGGCAAAUGAAGGAGGAUGUCUGGUGUGUGGGAAAUAAGCCAAUCCUCACAUCCUUCCACCUGAAGAUGGUGCUUUUUUGGACCUGUGAGAAGUACCCUCGCUCCAACGACUGGUGCUGUUUCCACACAGGCUUCCUACGGAUAGUCCAGAAGCUGCAUAAAUGUGUCAGCCAGCACUUCCUGAAACACUACUUCCUCAAGGGCACCAACCUGUUGAAGUAUGCCAACCCCAUUGACCUGGACACGGUGGCAGCCCAGCUGGCCAUCUUCUUAGAGAAUCCUCGACUUCCCCUAGACUGA